AUGACUCGCCAACCCUCCUUGCACCACCUUUUCUUGUCAUGUCUGUCGAUGUAUCUUCUUCUUCUUCUUCUUCUGCCCAAAAAUAGCCUUGCAUUCAGCACAGCUGUUGGUGGUGGUGGUCAUUUGUCAUCGUCUUGGACGUCUCGUCCACAUCAUGCUUCUUCUUCUUGGUCUUCUUCUUCCACCACUACUACCACACAAUUACAAUUUGUUCCUUCUUCGGAGAUGCAGCAACAAGGAGAAGAAGAAGAAGAAGAAGAUCAACAAACAAAGAAUUAUGAUCAUGCUCAUGAUCCUUCAUCUUGUUGGACCAUGGCACAAGAUUGGGAAUUGAUCGAUCAACUUCCCAAGUUUACGGUAGGUGAAGGAGAGCAUUGUCGUACUUUUUGGACGCAAAUGGCAGCUUCUACACCAUUGUUGGCAACCAAGAGUCCAGACGAAUUGUUGGCACGAUGUCAAUACCUCUUCUUGCAGCAGCAACAACAACAACAACAACAACAACAACAACAACAACAAGAAGAACAACAAGAAGAACAAGAAGAUGAUGAUGGCAAUGACGCAACAACAGCAACAACAACAACAUCAACGAAUCCAGCAGCUAUCAAUGAUCACUCUACCACUACCACUACUGCUACUACUACCAUCAGCGGCCUCCGUCGCCCAAUUGUCUUUGGUCCAUCUCCACCAGUACUUUCCCAAUGGAGCAUUCUUGAUUGGAAUCAGCAGCAUCAUCAUCAUCAUCAUCAUCGCAAACAACAAGGCAGCAGCAAGGUGGUAGGUCAAUUGGUGGAUGAUUCAAACAAUGGUGCAAGAACCAUUUGGAUGCACUAUCAUUGCAUUGGACGUCUCGAUGGUGAUCCAUUGUUGUCGGAUGCUACUACUAGCUCUCCGUCAGUCUUUCAACUGGUAUCCGGUGGAUAUUUGGAGGCAGUUGGUGGUCGUAUUUACGAAUUGGGAGAAGUUCGAGAACAACAACCAACAGCAGCCGUAUUACCGACCAGUCGUACAACAACAGCAACAGCAACAUCAUCAUCAUUCAUGGAAGACCAUCAUCCGUCUUCUUCUUCUUCGUAUUUCGGCAUGCUGGAAGCAAUGGAUGCAAGGAGGAAAGCAGGUCAAAUGACAACAGAACUAGACCUGCUAACCAAACAAGGAGAGUCUUUGGAUUGGUUGCUUCCUCCCGUCACCGCAUCUGUCUCUGCGUUUUUGGCCUGUACCGUCUUAUCGGCCUGCAUUGGAUAUGGGGCUGGAUUGUCCAUUAUUGCCGAUGAUCAUCCUCCUCUUCCUCCUCAUUCUACUACUAUUCCAGCUACUACUACUACAAUGAUGACGCCACCAAUAAGAUCAAGACCUUCUUCUUCUUCUUCUUCUUCUUCCUCCAGCAGCAGCAGCAGCACAACAGCAACAACAACAGCACCAUCUCUGGCCGAACAAAGGGCACGGGCCGAAUAUCGAAUCCUCAAAGAACAACGAUUGCUGCAACGAGUGGCGGAACGAUUGGAACAAGAUCAGAACGAUUAUUUGGAAUUGUUGCAACAACAACAACAACAACAACAACAACAGCAACGAUAA